AUGAACUGCGUUAUGGGUUGGCCGGUUUCGGAAUUGCCAUCGAAAUCCCGUUUCAAUACGAGGGGUCGACUCUUCUUCCUUCCCCAAUCCCAAGGCUGGUUGUCCAGCCUAUACGCCGCGGCAACAGCAUCUUCGGAUGCUGUAACUGAUGUUCCGUUCAUGGAGCGUCGGUAUGAGUCGAGUGCUUCGAGCACAAGGCGAAGAUCAAAUCGUAUAAUAUACAAGAUCACAAAUAAGCCGGAGCGCUUUCUUGAGCCUGUCUCGAAAGGGGCAUGGUGGGUGGAAGAGCUUGACUUGGUUGGUCGUACAUAUAUCCUCGUGUCGGAGAAAGUAGCUUCUAGGAUCCAUGAAUGUUAG